AUGCGUUCCUUUUGUAUUUCAGUAAUCGUCUACGUAGUUGCAUGCUUGCAAUUGUUGCAAUUGGUGAACGCCAAUAGUCCGCCCUACAUUCCCAUAGCGGCCACCACGGAGCCUCCAUUGGUAUGUCCCUGUGACUAUCGCUACAACCCAAUCUGUGGAAGCGACAGAGUUACCUACAUCAACGAAUGCAUUAUGGAGUGCCUGAAUCUGGUCAAUCCCAUCAGGGGUUUUCCCGUCGUGAAGAAGCGUCAUGACGGCGAAUGCAAGAACCUAAUCUGUCAAAAACUCACGCUACCAGUCUGCACCUUAGAUGGAAUAACUUAUCCUAACGAAUGCGAGUUGGCCGUGGACAACAUCAAGCGUAUCAGUCAGAAACAGAACUUGGUGUACCUAGCUUAUAGAGCAGAGUGUAAAGGUAAACCUUGGAACUGCACCACAUUAGCAGCGCCAGUAUGCGGCGACGAUGAUAUCUUGUACAGAAACGAAUGCGUCCUAGACAGUACCAUCGAAAUCUGCGAGAAACUGGGAAUAAAGAAGAUAACCUUGAAAAAUAGAGGAACAUGCUUGAACAGCUGUCGGUGUCCUAAAACCGAGGACCCAGUAUGUGGAAGUGACGGAUUAGUAUACAACAAUUUAUGCGAAAUGGAAUGCAAGAAUAAACAUUCGAAGUAUUCCAAGAAUGAGAUCGUAAGAGUUGCGGAUAGGAGCGUGUGCGAGGGUUGCUUGUGCACCGCUCUGUAUGCUCCCGUGUGUGGUAGCGAUGGGAGAACAUACUCGAACGAGUGCCAGCUAAACUGCGCUGCUAAGAAGCAGAGCGAUCCAAAUCUUGCAGCAGUUAGUCAAGGAGAAUGUUCAAAGUGCUAUUGUAGGGACAACGACAGUCCCGUUUGUGGGACCAACCAUGUGACAUACAAGAACGAGUGCUAUCUACGCUGCUCGAAUAAAACUCAUUUGGAGUACAUUGGCCUGCAACAUACAGGCCCUUGUCUACCCUUCUCCGACUGCAACUGUGACUACUGUCCUCCCGAGUAUGAGCCGGUAUGUGGUAGCGAUGGACAGACGUACUGGAAUAUGUGUAGACUGCUCUGCUACGCCGACUGCCUCAAAACGAACAAACUACAGGGAAUAUGGCGAACAAAGGAAGAGGCUUGUUCCUGUUAA